GUGCAAAGAUCUAACUUGGAGCUAAUCUCCUUCUUGUCUUCCCAAGGUAUGCCAAGUGCCGCCCUGGCUGUCUUGGUGUUUUCCGUGGCCAUCCCCGUGGUGAAGUUCGGGAUGGUCUUCCUGGUGUUGUGGCGGCCAAAGAUGCUUUCACCACCUCAGCUGCAUUGGAUUUGUCGCGCCCUUUGUGCGAUAUCUCCGUAUCAGAUGUGCGAUAUCUUUCUU